CUGAUCCAGAAUAAAAUUGUUUGAUUAAUUAUUUAUUUAUUAGUAUUUAAUAAUUAUAAAUGUUUUUAUUUGUAAUUUAAUAUUUUAUUCUAUAUUAUCGGCGCUCUUUUAACUUUUAUUAGUUAUCUAAAAAAUACGUUAACAAUGGUAUACCAUCCUGAUUUGUAUAGCAACGCAAAACAGAACAGAAAAGGUAAAUUUAAAAAAAUGGAGGAACAAAUUUUCAGUUUAUCUGAAAUGGGUAACUUAGUGCCAUUAAUUGAAGAAAAUCAAACAAACGAAUUGUUGAAAGAGGAUAUACAAAUUAAAGACAGCGAUAUUUUAUAUUUUUCUCAAUAUGGACAUUUGACUACGUCAGCGGAAGAAGGAGAUAUUCAGAUUUUGAGCGAUAUUCAGGAGGGUUCAAGCAUGCCAUUACAAGGUACAGCGGAACGCAUUAAGAAUAAAUUUCAUACCCAAAUGGGUUCAGGAUUGACCAGCAAUAGAGUUAAAAAUUUCCAAGAUGACGUCAAGAAUGAGCAAAAUUAUAAAUUGAAACUGAAGGAAGUAGAUGGAAAAAGCGUUAAAUCUUUUGAAUGCGGAGUUUGUGGAAAGGAGUUUGGACAUCAGUACACUCUAAUGCGACAUUUGCCAACGCACACCGACGAACGCAAAUUUAAUUGUCCCACUUGCGGAAAAUCUUUUCGUCAGUUGUCGACAUUAUCUCAACAUAAAGCGAUUCAUUCAACCGAACGGCCUUACAUUUGUGAGGUAUGCAACAAGAAUUUUAAUCGCAUCUCCACGCUGAUUUCUCACAGGAAGACUCACAGUGAUAUCAAGCCUCACCGUUGUCCUAUUUGUAACAAGUCGUUUCAUCAGAAGGGUAAUUUGCGUAAUCACAUUUUCACACAUACGAACGAGAGGCCGUACAAGUGCGACGCUUGCGGAAAAGGAUUUAACCAAAUGUCCAACCUGAUGUGCCACAAGAUCAAGGCUCACCAACAAGGAGACCUAAGCCCGCGCUACAUUUGUCGGGUUUGUGGCAACUAUUACUCGAAAAGGGCCAAUUUAAGACAGCACGAACAUUUUAGACAUGGAGUGGUGUGCAAGAAAGACGAAUCUUUCGAUAAUAUGAAUGCAGUAGCUGUAAAUCCCAUCCGCACAAAAGCAAUGAGAGACGUAUUAGAAUCUGGUGCUACACCUUUUGCUUUAUUGCGGCCUUUGUCCGGAAUUCCCGUUUUAGUGCGCGUAGAGGUCGCUGGCGAACGUCAUAUGCUGGUGCCUGCUACUGCAGAGGACUUGAAGAAAGCAGGGCAUAUUUCUAUCAAGCCCAAACUGGUUGAAGGUGAAGAAGCGGGUAGUAGUGACGGCGAUAAAGAGAAUCGUGGUCAAUCCAAGACGACAGGUUCGGUGGUUCAGAUCAGCGUUCCAGUUGUAGCUACCAUUAUUCAGCAAAGUUCGGGACACGAUGGUAGUUUUAACAUGAAAGUCGUGAGUCCAAGCAAGGAAGGAGGAAGCUCGGCACCUAACAGCGUUGUAUACUCUUCUACGUUGAUUCAUGAAACUCCCGAAACUCCAAGUAAGUCAAACAUACAGACACUUUCAUUUAGCGAAAAUGUGUCAUCCAAAACAACGAAUUUACCGAUGCAGUCUAUGAACUAUAAUGUACAGGCUUGUUACGAGAGAGAAAAUGAAAAUAACUUUGACUUAAAGUUGUCCGAAAACAAGUCUUUCAGCGAUUCUGGAUAUGGCCAAGGAGAAAGCCCAAGUAAAGUGGUCGUUGAAAGAUUAGAACCGUUGUAUAAAAUCUAUCUUUAAUUAUUCUUUUUUAGGUUGAAUAUUGCGUUUCUUGUUUGGUUUUAUUUUGUUAUGUGAAUUGUAAAAGUUUAUUCACUGUUUUGUUUAAGAAAUUUUAUCCAAUGUUAAGUCUAAUAUGUUUAUUUUUUUAUUUCUGAAGUUAUUUCAUACUUUUAGUAUUGCACAGACUUAUCAAAUGUAUUAUUUAAUGAUGUAUGAAAUAUAGUUUAAAUUAAAUUUGUACUUGUUUAAGAUAUCGAAGAAUAAUUUGUUGUUUUAUGAGAAUUCUAUUGUGUUUGUAUUGUAAAACAGAAUCUAUUUAAGUUUUGUAUAUAUUUAGUUUUGUUUAAAUUCUUAAUAAUGCAUAGUAUACCGGUUCCGUCUCAAAAGUCUCUUUUUUAUUUUUUUCAG